CUAGAAAAGUAGCCCUGUUUUUGUUAACGGCGGCCUCUUUUUGGUUUCUCCCCUGGUGACGCGGCCAAGCGACUAGAUUCUAGUUAAGUGUGUACGUGUGCAGUAUAACGACAGGAUGGCUACAGCUACGGAUUCGGGUCCUGUGUUCUUUACUAAAGCAACACCAGAACAGUGGACAUAUGUGUUGUCUCAGUAUAAAGAAGUUUUGAAGCAAAAAGCAGCUCAGAGGACCAAAAAAGGCGGACCUGAAGAGCUUAUUCGUCUAGAUACAUGGUACCAAGAGCAAUUACCAAAGAUAAUUCAUUCUAGAAAACCCCCAUAUAUUACUCAUGAAGAAUUAAUUCAAAUUGUGAAAUGGAAACUCAUGAGAGGUAAAUUCCGUCCACGACUUACGGAUUUAGUCCGUAUCAAUACAGAGACUUCAGUUUUGGCGAUUAGCAAAAAAGCUUUUAGGAAGCAACCUAAAGAAUUAUCUCAAGCAAUCACUGCUCUUACUAAUUUGAAAGGAGUAGGACCAGCUACAGCUUCAGCUAUUCUUGCUGCUGCUUUUCCAGAUGAUGUACCUUACAUGGCCGAUGAAAGCAUGUUAUCAACUCCUGGCAUUGAAGCUACGGAUUAUACGUUAGCAGAGUACAUCAACUUUUCCGAGCACAUGAAAGCUUGUGCUGAGAGACUUAGGAAUUUGGAUCCAAAAGGCAAUUGGACCCCACACAAAGUUGAAUUAACUUUGUGGACCCAUUACAUUGCCAGAGAUUUGAAGCCAGAGAUCUUGGAAGGUAUGCCACCUGCUAAAAGUAAUAUAGAGAGCUCUGAGAAUGGAGAUCAUGCUGAAAAUAAAAAUGGUAGCAUGGAAACGAAUGAGAACGGCGAUGAAUCUUCUAAUGCUGCCGUCCCAAAUGCUCAGGUCUCUACAGAUGAUGAAAAAGAGCUCCCUCCAUCAGAGGAGAACACUAAUGAUUCACAUGCAGAUUCUGGGAAAGAGAAUGUUGGGGAUUCUGUUGAUGUCGCAGAUGAAGACACCGCCCAAGGCGCAGCAGCAGAAAAGAGUCCGCCCGACGAACCACCAGCGAAAAAGCUGUGUGUGGAGCAGUAAGUCCGAUGAACUCGGCCUUUAGUUUGCACAAUUUUAUUCAGGACAUGCAAUGGUUGAAAACAGGGAAUUAAGAGACUCCUAUUUUUUAUACAUAGGCUUUCUUGUAUUUUUGCUCUCCAUCAUCAGUGUGUGCCAUUGUCUGAAAUUAUAUUUAUUAUUGCAUGUGGAUAUAUCUUUGGAUCUAAGUAGGCAUAUAUAUCUAGUAAUUCAAAUUCUAUUGCAUGUCUAACAUGCUCUCUCAUUUUAUUUGCACUGUGAGACAAAAUACCUGAACCUUUUGUGCCGAGAUAUCACUUAUCCUAACUGUCAAAUUUUUGUCCCCAUCUGUUGUAAACAGUACUAAUCUGAUUUUUAAAAAUUAAUUUUAAACAUAACUUGGAAUAUUAGGUGUUAUUGAUGGCUCUGCUGAUGUGAAAUUUAUAUUGGAUAGUAAUGAUAAGCUAAUUAUAAUUCUGUCUCUUGAUUUGAUUUGUCUUUUGGAAAAGAAAAUAGUCAUCUUAUGUUUUCUGAAUUUAAAUCAAAAGUCUUUGAAGAGUUGUGCAAUCUAUUAAAGCAACUUAAUUUUGCUUUGUUUUAUUUAAAUUGCAUAUUGUAUAAUUACUGAAAGGUUUGCAAUUUGUAAAAUGUUGCAAAAAGCAAAGAUAUUUAAAAUAUCAUUUAUUUUAUAUUCAUUCACUUUAUUUUUAGACCCCUCCCCCAUUAAUACGUGUUGCACAAAAAAAUUAAGCAAAGAGUUUAUUUGCACUUUUUAAUUUAAGUUGUAAGAAAUUCACGAAGUAAAUUUUUACAAUGAAGAUUUUUUAUUUAAUAACCCUAAAGUGUAAUUGAAUCCUUUAUUUUUACUGUAGUAUUUUCAUCAAUUUCUUUAUAAUUUAUAUGGAAUGUGAUCCAUAAUUAUCUUGCAUACUUAUAUUUUCUCUUCUGCAUUAUUAUAGUACUAUAUAUUAUUCAGUGUACUUAAAUUAUACAUCUUUGUAUGGAAAAGGUAAUAUGGAAUUUGUGUGAUACAUUUUUAUUCUCUUAUAAGCACCAAUAUUAUUUAUCUAUAAAAAUUUAGAGUGAAAUUGUGCAUCAAGUGUGAUUGCUAUUUACGUUUCCAUUUUCCAUGUUAAACUAGUAUUAUUUAGAAGCUAAUGUAUUUCAAAUUUCCGUGUUUUUGUACCAGACAAAAUAUUGGCAUGAACAACUGUUGUAAAUGUGAACACCGACUUUGCAUCUUUUUUCAUUUUUUUUUUAAUCUGUGUAUCAAUUUGUAUAUUUUUUAAUGACAUUACUCAUUGACAUUAUGUGCCUACAAAUUGUAUGUGUGGGCAUGAAAUGUUUUGCAUUUACUGGAAUUACACCAAGAUUUUUAGAAGGGGAAAAAUCUUCAGAAUAUAUUAUAAUAUAGUUAUAUUUAGUGAUGGUGGAAAAUUCCUUUACUUUGUUAGUAACACUUGGUGAUGGUUUUCCCCAUUAGCUUUUUCAAUUGAAUUGUAUACAGUUAUAGAGUAUGUGCAGGUUACUUCAUACCUGAAUAAACAUUGUUAAACAUAAACUGAUAAAAAAAUCUUUGCAUAUAUGUUUAAAUGUGAAUGUUUGUACCGUGUUUAGUCUCUGAUGGCCUGGCCUAUUUGCUUAUGCAUUAACCAAGUGCAUAAUGCAAUUAAAUUUAAUGAGUGUUUUCAUAGAGCUUAUUUAUAAAACUUCUGAUCUUGGUGAAUUAUAUAAAACUUUAAAAAUGGCUUUGUGAGUCCAAAGACAGCCAGUGAAAACCACUGCCUUUUAUGAUUUUUUCUGAAAUUGAGCAGAUUUCAGUGAUUUAAUUACUAAUAUAAAUUUUUUCUAAAGGUUUUUCAUUUUCACUGCAUAAUAUACAUAUAUAUAUUUACUCAUCUCAUUGGCUUGAUAUUUCCCCCCUGUUUCUUUAAAAAUAAAAGUGGUGUAUAUGUUGCAAUUCCAUUGUCUUUGUAUUCAUGAAGUGUAUGCUUUAGGAACUUACUUCUGACACAUUUCAAUACUUUUCAUAUAUGUCCACUCCUGUGAAUUAAUACUUUUGAAAUGUUAUUUUGGUAGCAGUCUUUUGCACCAUUUUUAAAAGCAUUCCAAGCCAAAAUAGAUACCUUCAACAAUGGCACAUUCCAUCUUAGGUACUUUCAUGUGUAAUGCUGCAUUCUUUUCCAAUAUGACAUUAUAGAUCAUAGUUUUCUCCCCCUCUUUGUACAUAAUUUUCAGAAAAGAAUGUGGUUCUCAAAGCAUAAUUGGCUUUGACAUUAUUUUUUUUAAAAACCAUGAUAUGAAAUGCAGCCAAGUUUUAAAUGUAACCUCACCUUUUCAAUGAUGUGUAUCCAUUUCUUGACUACUUUUUAUUUGGAUGUUCUUUGUGCUAUUUCUUGCAUUAGGAGUAACUAUAGGGGACAAAAGGCUUCAUCUCAGGAAUUCCAUGUUCACUAGCUGCCACCUCUGUGGUACUAUAGUACACUAUUUGCAUAUUUUUUUGUGCUGCUGUAUGUGAAAUCUUGUGUAAAACAGACUUGGUUUUAAAGCAAAUCUUGGGGUUGCCUGUAUUGCUUUCUGCAAUGUGUAAUUGAUACUAUUGUAUUCUUGAUUUUCUGCAUGGUAUUGGUUACUUCCAUUUUUCUCUAUAUUUUUAUAUAUAUUUAUAUAUGAGAUUUGACUUUAUAAUUUUGAUCUACCAUAUUUUGGAAUGCUGGGACUAUUGAAGCACACAAUGUUAAUGUAUUGUAUUUUAUAACUAAUUGAUAAUUAUAUUAUGUUUUAAUUCUUGCUGAAAUUUAUCAACCUAAUGCUGGAAUAUUAAAAGUUCUUCAAAAGCUCUUUGGUAAAUUUUUUUAUUUUUGCAGUAAGGAUUUUAGAAAAAUUAAUAAAAAAUAGUUAUUUUUAAGUUUUUAGUAGUAGUCUUUACUCUCAGCUUUCUAAGAAAUGGGUUAUUACUUAUCUUUUGCUGUUGAUCUGCACUUUUGAUAACAUACUUUCCCCCCCCCCCCUCCCUUUCUUUGAGGACCACAAUUUGUGUAAAAAGAUUAAAAAAGUGUGUAUGUGUGUGUGCGUCUUCUACCAUACAAAAAAAUGGUACUUUUUGUAUAAUGAGAUUAACUGAGUAAAAUUUCUGAAACCAAGAUCUGAAUCUGACGGGUCAUUGUAGUGCCCUUAUAAAAAUGCCUUUUAAUAUGAUGAAAAAAAUGUCGAGUAAAAGCCUUUACAAUGAUACCUCAUUAGAUUUAAGCUACAACUUUUCACAUUAAUAGAAGUGUAUACAACAUUUUGUGAAAUUGUAUGGCUCACAUGUAUGACAUGUUAAAUGUCUUGUUAAUUUUUUUAUCUUGUUAGAGACUGAACUUUCCUGGAAAUUUUUGAAAUACACCUGUUCUCUAAUUGGAUUGUUCUUUUGGUAGAUAGGUCUAUUAUUACAUUGAUUAAGAAAACUUUUUAAUUCUAGUAUCUUUAAAGAUUUUCCCCUUAAGUGACUUUUUAGUUGUUCCUGCUACUGUUUCUGUAAGAUCAAGAUAUGUAUGAAAUAAACUGUUUCUAUUAUUUCGCUCAA